AUGGCUGAUCAACAGCCCGCUGCUGCGGCCCCGGCCUCAGAGAACCUACACGACGACCCUGUCACCGGCGAGAAGAUCUCCAAGUCUGAGCCGAUUCUACAGCGCGAAACAGAGGAGAAGAAGAAGGCCAAGGCCGCGAAGCAAGCUACAUUGCCCGUUCAACCGAAGAAGGACAAGCCAGCUGCUGCCGGAGCAGGAGAAGAUGAACUGAACCCCAACCAAUACUUCGAAAUCCGCAGCCGAGCCGUAAACCAAUUGCGCGAAUCGAGGCAGCCAAACCCAUACCCCCACAAGUUCCAUGUCAACUACAGGCUCGGAAAGUAUGUGGAGGACUUCAAGCACUUGACCAGGGGCCAGGUUGAAGAGGACAAGGAGAUCCGCGUGGGUGUCCGGAUCAUGUCAAUGAGGGUUUCCUCCAAUGCCUUGCGUUUCUACGUAUGCAAGGCCGAAGGUAUCACGGUGCAGAUUAUGUGCCAGAAGGACAAUGCUAGCGAAUCUGCACCAUGGGAUCAGCAGCCUCACGAGUUGUUGCGCCGCGGAGACUGGGUCGGUGUGGUUGGCUUCCCUGGUCGAACUGCACCCAAGAAGGGAGGAGAUGGAGAGCUCAGUAUCUUCGCACGAGAAAUCCUUCUCCUGUCGCCCUGCUUGCGCCAGCUGCCGACCGAGUACUACGGAUUCAAGGAUCAAGAACAGCGAUACCGGCAACGAUUCCUGGACCUUGCCAUGAACGACUCCACCCGGGAGACAUUCAUUACGAGGACAAAGAUCGUCAAGUAUGUCAGAAAGUACUUCGACGAGAGAGACUUCCUGGAGGUACAAACUCCUAUGAUGAACAAGAUUGCCGGUGGCGCUACCGCCAAACCCUUCAAGACCUUCCACAACGAUCUAAACAUGGAGCUCUACAUGCGAAUUGCGCCCGAGCUGUACCUUAAGGAACUCGUGGUAGGAGGAUUGGAGAGGGUGUACGAAAUCGGACGUCAAUUCCGAAAUGAAGGCAUUGACCUGACGCACAACCCCGAGUUCACCACUUGCGAGUUCUACCAGGCGUUUGCGGAUAUGUACGAUAUUAUGGAUAUGACGGAGGAGCUAGUCAGUGAGCUCGUGUAUUCGGUCAAGGGAUCGUACAAGACGCAGUACCACACUCAAAGCGGUGAGGUAUACGAGGUCAAUUGGGAGAGGCCAUGGCGCCGUGUCGAGAUGAUACCCGAGUUGGAGAAGGCGACAGGGGAGAAAUUCCCCCCCGCAGACACGCUGCACACCGACGAGGCGAACCAGUUCCUACGAAACGUUUUGAAGAAGAUGAACGUUGAGUGCUCGCCACCUCUGACGGCCAGCCGCAUGAUCGAUAAGCUGGUUGGCGAAUAUAUCGAAGAAACCGCCAUCAGCCCCACCUUCAUCAUGGGCCAUCCCGAAAUUAUGUCUCCCCUGGCCAAGUACCACCGAUCGAUUCCUGGUCUCUGUGAGCGCUUCGAAGCUUUCGUGUGCAAGAAGGAGAUCUGCAACGCCUACACCGAGUUGAACGAUCCCUUCGACCAGCGCGUGAGGUUCGAGGAGCAAGCCAACCAGAAGGCACAGGGAGAUGACGAGGCGCAACUCAUUGAUGAGACGUUCUGCCAGGCUCUAGAGUACGGUUUGCCGCCGACUGGAGGAUGGGGAAUGGGUAUUGAUCGACUGGUUAUGUUCCUCACUGAUCACUACUCAAUCAAGGAGGUGCUUACGUUCCCGUUCAUGAAGGAUGUUGUUGAAGAGAAGAAGCCAGGCGCAACAGGGGAGAAGACAGCAGCCGAGGUCGCCGGCAUUGAGCCGAAGCCCGAGGAGGGAGUUCCCCACAAAUAA